UACAGCUUUGGCUAUGGAAUGGUGGAGACUGGAGUGGGGGAGGGGGAAAGGAUUUGGGGUUGGGAUUUAUUUGAUUAAAUUCUAUUUAAGAUAAUAUGAUUUAAUAUGCUCGAACAUCACAAUCUGAAAAGAUUAGAAAUAAUAUUUUUAUCCACACAUCAUGUGGGUAUGUAUACUAGUUUGUAUAUAUACAUCAAUCCAAAUUUCAAAAUCGUAAAAGCCCUCUAGAAAACGACAUCGUUUUCCUGGCUUCUUCUCCCUUUUUAUCUUCUUUUCAUCUGUGGUAAUUGUCCUCCUCAUCAUUCUCUUCACAUUGAAAAUGGCGAAAGGGAAGAAAGAGCUACUAUCGUCAGCACCAUGGAGGGUAGAAGACGAUAAAUUCAAAGACGCAAAGCUCAAAGUGACAAGCCAACCUGGUAAAACACCAACUAUGCACGUUCCUGGUAAAAGAACAGUGAAUUCCAAAGGCAAUGAAGCUGCUGCUGAUUCCCUUGAAAUUGAUCCUGAACUUCGUUACUCCUUCCAACGGAACUUACAGUUUCUUCAACGUGUCUUCAGCAUCGACACUGUUGUUAAACCUCUGCCUCCUACAAUGGCGUACAAUGUUGCUCGUAACUUGACCUUCUUCACGAGUAUCUUCACGCAGUUCUUUGAUCCUGAAGGGAUAGCAAAUGCACAAAAAUCUCUCGGCUUAGGACAGGAAGAGAAAGUUCGUAAGGUCCGUUAAAGGACUUGUUUAAUCUCUGCAAGGAGUAUUGUUGAAUUUCUUUUCUUCUGUUGUACCUCUGAUGAUCUGGAUACUCAGCAAUUUUGUACUCUAUAUACAUUUGCUGAUAAAUGACAAGCAAUCUGUAAACUCAUUACUUCACCAACAUAAGUACCAGUAAUUCCUGUUUUGGUA